AUGUCAAAGAAUGUGGAGGUGCGUGAGAUGGGUGAAGACUAUGGUGUUGGUACAUAUGCCCUGCAGUCAUUUCACCCCGGUGAUGUUUUACUGCAGGAACUGCCUGUUGUAUUCACACAGUCUCUAACUUCACCGUGUUGUUGUUGUUGUGGCUGUGGUAUGGUGCUCGUCACUCUUGCAGAGGAGUGUAAACGAUUGUCAUCCCUUGUAGAGUUAACAGCAGCCCAAGGUGAAGAAGAAGAAGAAGAAGAACAAUCGUGUUUGCCUGUCGAUAAUAAUAAUAAUAAUAAUAAUAAUAAUAGUGAUGUGGGUAAUCUACGAGAUGAAUGUCCAACCAUCUCGCAGUGUAGAGAGAUUAUAAGUUCCCCAGAGGCACUCUACGAAACAUUGAAGGAGUUUGAUGCCUCUAAUCUUUUCUUGUCUGGUGUGUCUAUAGAUAAUAAUGAUAAUGAUAAUAAUAAUAAUAGAAUGGAACACUGUGGAAAUACAUCAGGAAAUAAAGUGCGGUUUUGUACUCUGGAGUGCAGGGAACGCUAUCUACACAAGCGAGGAGGAAGAUUUCUCCUUCUCAUUCCCACAGAGGUGAAAACAACAACAACAACAACAGUUCAUGAUUUGCAGGAACCAUCGGCCGCUGCCAUCAUGUCUUCGGCUGUUAGUUUAACAGAGAAAUUGAUGGAAGUGGUAUGGCCAAGUAAGAGAGAUGUUCUCAGAACACUGGAAUACCUCACAAAUCACUAUAAUGCACGUUUGCGUCUUAUUCUUUCUAUUCUUAGUCGUUGUCUUAACGACAGCCUCACAGAUCUCACUUGUAAUAAUAAUAAUAAUAAUAAUAAUAAUAAUAAUAAUAGGGAAAUUUCUUUGGAAUUAGUUCAGACACACUUUACAGAUGUGGUGGGGAAAUUUGUAUGGGAAUACGCUGAAGGGGCAUCGCGAUCCUUAACGGAGGAACAACGGGCAUUCUUGCGAUUCUCAUGGAAGUGUGUUUGCCGCUGGUUAACGCUCUGUUGUGUAGAGGAAGUGAAAUCUAUUUAUGAGAAAAAUAAAUGUAGUGAGACAUCACAGUUUGGGUGGAUCUCGCUUCAGUUGUAUUUGCGUAUCUUCUGGUUAGCAGAUGCCAAUGUUCAUAUGUACAUUGUGUUCUCACCAUUAUACACACUGCUCUGUCAACAACUCCCAACUAUGUACGCUAUCUGCCAACGCAAGAAUAAUAAUAAUAAUAAUAAUAAUAAUAAUAACACCAGUAGUAGUAAGUCGGCGGCAGAACGAAUUCAUCAUCAGAUGUGUGUACUUCGUGAACUCUUCCGUGUGGUGGAUCCGAAUGCAGCACAUGCCACUGGUGUCGCAUUGUAUAAUGAGGCCACAAAGAUAAAUCACAGCUGCACACCGUCUGUACGGUUUGUACCAACCCACGGUGGAGUUCGUGCAGUGGUGAUCGCACUACGCGAUAUUGACAUUGAAGAGGAAAUACGCACUUCUUAUAUUGAUAUUAACGCCUAUAACUCAGUAGCCGAGCGACGGGAAUAUCUGCGAAUCCACUACGGUUUUAUUUGUGACUGUCCAUUGUGUUCACCUGAGUAA